UGUUGGCAACAACAGGCCCUUUCUUGCAGACUUCACUCACACCCAGAUAACUUUAGAAUGGACACAAACAUUUAAGUGAGAAUCAGAGAAGUCACCGUUCACACUGCAGUCAUGAUGUGCCGCGUUCUCCUCCUCAGCCUGGCUCUGACUCUGGCCUGCAGCGGGCAAGAGCUGAGCAGAGAAGAAGCUCUGGUCUGGUUCAAAGGCAGGGUGCUGGAGGGCCUCGGCCUGGACGAGCCACCUUUGACCCCUUUGCGGGGUCCCAACGUGGACGUGGCGAGACACGUGCGCCGGAGGGCCGACAGGGCCGACAGGGCGAGCAGGACAACGCGGGGGAAUUGUCAAACCGGUCCAAACCAGGAAAAGACUCAGAUUAUUCUCUUUCCCAGUUUUGACUCAAAUUGUGCCAGAUCCGAUUCAUCUCGUGAAGAAACCACCAAAGGACUCUUCACGUACUACUUCCAGCCUUCCAGGAACGUGCAGGAGACGGUCGUCACGUCGGCCGACUUCUGGUUCUACACGGGCAAAGAGGCCACAGUCAACAAUUCAGCCCCGCUCUUCAUUCUCACCUCGACGUGGCAGCUUGUUCCAGCAGCUGAGAGGAGCUCAGAUGGUUGGAGUACGUACCACCUGGAGGAGACGAUGCUGACCUCUGUAGCGGAGGGACCUUUCCUCCUCCAGGUCCGCUGCCUGGCCUGUCAGUGUCACGCCAACGAUCCGGACAAAAUGCCCUUCUUUGACCUCCGCACCAGGCCUCGGUCUGCUCGCUCAGCACGGCACGCCUCACUCAACAUUCCCUGGUCUCCUCUCGCCAUCAACCUGCUCCAGCGGCCCUCGCAAGAGAGACCGGAGCACAGCGACUGCCAAAGGGCAAAGGUCGAGAUCAGCUUCGAGGAGCUGGGCUGGGACAACUGGAUCGUCCACCCGGCGGUGCUGAACUUCUUCUACUGCCACGGGAACUGCUCGGCCCCCGACCGCAGCACGGCAGCACUGGGCAUCACUCAGUGCUGCGCGCCAGCUCCGGGCAGCAUGAGGUCACUGAGGGUCACCACCACAUCGGAUGGCGGACACUCGUUCAAGUACGAGACUUUGCCCAACAUCAUACCCGAGGAGUGCACUUGUAUGUGAAGAUUACACUAUUGUAACCCUGUUCCUGAA